CAGAAGCCAAUCAGCGUCUCCGCUGCUCCGGGUUAUAAAGUACGCACUGAGCAGCCGGGGCUCAGAUUCUCCCCAGACCGCGAGGAUGCGGGUCAUGAUGCCCCCAACCUUCCUCCUGCUGCUCUCGGGAGCCCUGACCCUGACCGAGACCUGGGCGGGCUCCCACUCCCUGAGGUAUUUCUACACCGCCGUGUCCCGGCCCGGCCACGGGGAGCCCCGCUUCAUCGCCGUCGGCUACGUGGACGACACGCAGUUCGUGCGGUUCGACAGCGACGCCGCGAGUCCGAGGAUGGAGCCGCGGGCGCCGUGGGUGGAGCAGGAGGGGCCGGAGUAUUGGGAGCAGCAGACGCGGGACGCCAAGGGCCACGCACGGAAUUUCCGAGUGAACCUGAACACCCUGCGCGGCUACUACAACCAGAGCGAGGCCGGGUCUCACACCCUCCAGUGGACACAUGUUUGCGACAUGGGGCCGGACCGGCGCCUCCUCCGCGGGUACAGUCAGUACGCCUACGACGGCGCCGAUUACAUCGCCCUGAACGAGGACCUGCGCUCCUGGACCGCGGCGGACACGGCGGCUCAGAUCACCAGGCGCAAGUGGGAGGUGGCCGGUGAGGCGGAGCAUGAUAGGAACUACCUAGAGGGCACGUGCGUGGAGUGGCUCCUCAGACACCUGGAGAACUGGAAGGAGAUGCUGCAGCGCGCGGACCCCCCAAAGACAUGUGUGACCCACCACCCCAUAUCCAACCAUGAGGUCACCCUGAGGUGCUGGGCCCUGGGCUUCUACCCUGCGGAGAUCACCCUGUCCUGGCACCAAGAUGAAGAGGACCUGACCCAGGACACGGAGCUUGUGGAGACCAGGCCUGCAGGGGACGGGACCUUCCAGAAGUGGGCGGCUGUGGUGGUGCCCUCUGGAGAGGAGCAGAGAUACACGUGCCAUGUGCAGCAUGAGGGGCUGGCUGAGCCCGUCAUCCUGAGAUGGGAGCCGCCUCCUCAGUCCACCAUCCUCAUCAUGGGCAUCAUUGCUGGCCUGGGUCUCCUUGGAGCUGUGGUGGCUGAAGCUGUGAUCUGGAGGAAGAAGCACUCAGGUGGAAAAGGAGGGAGCUACGCUCAUGUUGCAAGCUGUGACAGUGCCCUUUGCUCUCAUGUGUUUCUCAUCCAUCCUAAAGCUGCCUUGUGGGGGACUGAGUGAUGCAAGAUUUGUUCAUGCCUCCACUCCGUGACUUCAGAAACCCCUGACUUCUCUUUCUGCAGCUGGUAUCUGAAUGCGUUCUAUUUUGCAUAAUGUGAGGAGGUGGGGAGAUGGCUGACCCCCUGCCCACCAGGACUCCUCCCCAUACUGCCCUGUGUUCUUUCCCUGAUUGACUUUCCUGUUCCAGCAGAGGCCAGGCUGGGUCGUCUCCAUCUCUGUCAUAACUUCAUGUUGUGCUGAAUAGUAAUGACUUGCUUCCUUAUUGAAAAUAAGAAUGCAGGUAGGAAAUUCUUUUUUGUAUUCUUUUCAAGUGUGCUUGAUAGGUCAAUGAAGGAGAAGAUGUUUGAAGUUUGAGACAGAAAACAAAUGGAAGCACUGAGAACCUUCCAGAAUUCGUGUGUUUGCUGUGCUGACAACAAUAAAAGAAAUGAAGUCCCGAUGCAUGCUACACAUAGAUGAACCUUGAAGACAUUAGGCUUUGUGAAAGAAAACAGAAACAAAAUACCAAAUGGAUUGUUUGAUUUAAUUUAUGUGAAAUGUCUGUGAGACGCAAGUCCUUAUGGGCAGAAAGUAGAUUAGUGUGUGCCUUGGGGUGAGGGGAGUGGUGGAGGGAGAUGGGGACCAACUGCUCAGGAAUGAACAGGUAUGGGGUCAUGAAAUUGUUCCACAAUGAACUGUGGCGACGGCUGCACAACCCUGUGACUAUGCUAAAAUCACUUCUUUUAUAUGGUUGAAUUAUAUAUAUGAACUAAAUCCCAAUAAAGCUGUUCUAACAAAACA